AUGCUCAUCAAGACAAAAAAAAGAAUUACAGAAAGUCUUCAAACCAUUAUAAUAAAGAUCUCAAAAGAGGAGCUGAGACCAAAGGAUCCAGGACCAGAGGACUCGGGACCAAAAGACCCAAGACCAGAGGACCCAGGACCAGAGGACCCAGGACCAGAGGACUCGAGACCAGAAGAUCAGAGGACUCGAGACCAGAAGAUCAGAGGACUCGAGACCAGAGGACUCGAGACCAGAGGACUCGAGACCAAAGGACCCAAGACCAGAAGACUCGAGACCAGAGGACGCGAGAUUAGAGAACCCAAGUCCAGAGGACCCCAGACCAGAGAACUCGAGACUAGAGGACUCAGCCAGAGGACCUCGAGACCAGAAGACUCAGCCAGAGGACCUGAUACCAGAGGACCUGAGACCAGAGGACCCGAGACCAAUGGACUCGAGAACAGAGGACCUGAGACGAUAAGACCCGAGAUCAGAGGACCCGAGAUCAGAGGACUCGAGAUCAGAGGACUCGAGACCAGAGGACCAGAGACCAGAGGACCAAAGACGAGAAGACCCGACACCAGUGCACCCGAGACCGGAGGACCCGAGACCAGAAGGCCGAAGACCAGAGGACUUGAGACCAGACGAGCAGAGAAGCCAAAACUGAGAACAGAGGACACAAGACCAGGUGAUCCAGGACCAGAAGAGCCAAAACCACAACACCAGGACAAACCCAAAGAACCCAGGAUCAGAGGAGCCAGGACCAGAGGAACUAAGACCUGA